AUGGCGGUAGACACAACUAGAGAAAGAGCGUUGCAGAAGCGGAUUAAGGAACUGGAAGCAGAGCGCGAUGAGCUUCAGAGAGACCUGGAGGGGAUGUGUCUGCAGCAGGUGGGGAGUGCCGGAGCCGAAGACGCCAUGGCUCGCAUGCAGGCCAGAAGGGUGGCCAACCUAGAAGCGGAGCUUGCCACGUGUCGCCACACGAUUGCGUCGUUGGAGAUGGAAAUCGCGGACGUGCGGCAUGACCUGCAGGACGCGGAGCAGAAGAAGGCAGGAGCUGCGGCCAUGUGGAAGGAGGAACACAGCAAGGGCACCACCCCCGCGCCAGGGCACAACCCCCGCGCCAGGGCACAACCCCCGCGCCAGGGCACCACCCCCGCGCCAGGGCACCACCCCCGCGCCAGGGCACCACCCCCGCGCCAGGGCACAACCCCCGCGCCAGGGCACCACCCCCGCGCCAGGGCACAACCCCCGCGCCAGGGCACCACCCCUCGACUCAAAAGUCAAUUCCCACCGAUGGCCCCACCCACCCGUUUCCUCUCUCCUUCUGAGUCGACUCAAAAGUCAAUUCCCACCGUUGGCCCCACCCACCCGUUUCCUCUCUCCUUCCCUCCCCACGUGCGUCCUUUCCCGUUUCAGCGGACAGCAGCAGAGGAGGAGGUGCGGUUUUACCAGCGACAAGCAGCCACAGCUUUGGAGCAGCGAGACCAAGUGACUCUGGAGCUGGAGCAGCUGAGAACCGCCAAGGCGGAGGGAGAGGCGCGAGCCAAAGGGGAGAUAGAGCAGCUGCGGAAGGAGAAAGCGAGUGCUGCUGAAAAAAGCAGAGCCGAGAUUGAUAAGCUGAUGAAGGAGAAGUGGGAUUUGCUAGAGAGGGUGAAGGAGGCGGGUAGGCAUGCUGCGGCGUUGGUUAAGCAGCAGGAGUUGGGGGAUGAAAAGAUUGAGGAUGCGGAGAGGGGGAGGCGGGAGGCGGAGAGGGGAAGGGAGGAGGCGGAGAGGGAGCGGGAGGAGGAGAGGAGGGAGAGGGAGAGGGUGGAGGGGGAGAGGGAGGAGGAGAGGAGGGAGCGGGAGAGGGUGGAGAGGGAGAGGGAGGAGGAGAGGAGGGAGAGGGAGAGGGUGGAGAGGGAGGGGAAGGAGGAGGAGGGGAGGUUGAGGGAGGAGAUAAGGAGGGAGAGAGAGGAGGGAGCGAGAUUGAAAGAGGAGGUGGGGAGACUGAAGGAGGAGGUGGAGAGGAGGAGGAACGGUGCGAGGGAGUGGGAGGCGAUGGGGAGGGAAUCAGAGGGGCAGGUGACUCAUGCAAAAGCGGAAGCGGCAUCGAUAGCUGCAGCAGCUGCUGCUGCGGUGGAGGCAGAGCGAGAGAAAGGGUUGCGGGAGAGGGAGGAGAUGCACAAACGACUGAUGGAAGUGCAGAGGCAGCUGGAGAGAGAGCGGGAGGAGAGGAGGAGGAGGGGAGGUGGAGGGGGUGGAGGAGGAGAAACGGGAACAGGCAGAGCGCCAAAGAACAUGCCUCAAGAAAGGGGAACUGAGGAAUUUUCCCCGAAAGAACGAGGCCUGGAUGAUCUAGAAAAGGAUUUCUUCUCUAGCAAGAGUUUCUUGGCUUAUGGCAAGGACCCAUAUGGGGCAUCAAAGGACUCGUAUGAGGCAUCUAGGGAUCCGUAUGGGGAGGAGCCGACAGAGGAGAUGCUGUCCCAGGCGAUGAGGGAGAAGGUGCAGGCGCUGGUGAUGCUGGCCGCGGAGGAGGAGCGGCACCUGCGGGACUCGCAGCUGGUGGGGAGCCUCAGGGAGACCAUUGCUGGGCUCAAUGCGACGCUGGGGCAGGUGACCGCAGAGAAGGUGAAGGCGCUGAUGCAGCUGGCGGACACGGCAGCAGAGGCGCAGCAGCUGAGGGACGAGAUGGCAGCGCUGCAGCAGGAAGUGCGGAAGCGAGACGAGAUCAUUGCUAGAGACUCCCUCCCCUGGCAGAGCGCGGAGACAGCAGGGGUGUGGUCCGCCGGGUCAGAGAGCACCAUGAUUCCCGCCCUCUGGUCCUCCUCGCCCUCUCACGACCCCUCUCUCCCCUGGCAGAGCGCGGAGACAGCAGGGGUGUGGUCCGCCGGCUCCCUCCCCUGGCAGAGUGCAGAAACUGCAGGGGUGUGGUCCGCAGGGUCAGAGAGCACCAUGAUUCCCGCCCUCCGGUCCUCCUCGCCCUCCGGUCCUCCUCGCCCUCCGGUCCUCCUCGCCCUCCGGUCCUCCUCGCCCUCUCACGACCCCUUUGACAGCAUCGCUGACCCUCUCCUCCCCUCCCCUCCCCUUUCCCCCCAGCUCCCUCCCCUGGCAGAGCGCGGAGACAGCAGGGGUCUGGUCUGCCGGAGUGCAGAAACAGCAGGAGUCUGGUCCGCCGGGUCUGAGAGCACCAUGAUUCCCGCCCUCUGGUCCUCCUCGCCUUCCCACGACCCGUUUGACAGCAGCGCUGGCUCCGAGGUAACGCCGUCGGUGGUGGUGAGGCUGAGGGUGGAUAAAGUGGCGCUAGAAGAGGCUCUAGCAACGAUUGAGCAGAUCGCACAGACUUCAGCCAACAUGGGCUCGUCCCUGGCCCAGGGCCUGGAGCAGAUUCUUUCAUGCAACAAGACCAAAGAGCCGAAGAAAACUGCUGCUAGGCCGACGACUUCCUCUCUCUCGCUCUUCUCGCCCUCGUCCAAGGCCCACUUUCAAGGGCAAAGAAGGAUCAGUGGGCUUUCUUCCUCCUCCCCCUCUGGUCACUCCAGCCAAAGCAAACAGGGCCAUUUAGCCACGCACCAUCCAGCAGACAGUGCAGGUGCUGCUGCUAGUACUAACCGGGAUUCUAGUGACGCAGAUGCCAUCACCAGCAGCGGAAGCAGCAGCAGCAGCAGCAGCAGCAACUCGGCUUCGGCCCCUGCAUCGAAUGAUUCGGCUAUUGUUGCAACGGUUACUGCUUGUUUGGUUACCGCCACUACCACCACCACAACCACCAUGACCACUACCACUGCCGGUGCUGCUGCAGGCACAGCUGUUACAGAGCUGAAUUUGGACAAGUCUUUUUGGGCCAAAGUAGAGUCAGUUGAGGAGGAAGCACGGCAGAUGAGGAUAGUGUUUGGAGCAGCCGCACAUUUGCCAAUCAGUUGGAAUGCAGGGGGGUCGGGAGGAGGGCGGAUGGGUGGGGGAAGGCAUGGGAUACCUGCUGAGAGGGCAGGUGAGGUUGUAGCCUCGGUUGGGCUGGAAAUUGCCGAGUUUGCCCUCGUGGUGGUGGGGUUGCUGCGGCCGGUGCAAAAGGGUUUCUAG